GGCCUUAGACACACGCACAACAUCACAAUAUCCCAUCCCAAAAUAUACAUAGUUCAAAUCUGAUAUUCCCACAUAUAGUACGUUUUUUUUUGUUUCUAAAGUUUCUCUCGCUCUUGCACACACACAAAGUCGGCAAAAUACACGCGGCAAAAUAUAAAGUUCUCUCAAAAUAACACAAGUGAUAAGCUACGCAGGGAGUGGAGGCAUCUGUGAGGCAUCUGUGGGAUUCAUAGGCCAGAGCUCAAGGAUGCAGAAGGGCGUCAAGGACAAGGACAAAGACAAGGAGAACAGCGAUCAGCAACAACAGUCCAAGCAGACGACCAACGAUGGCUUUCUUGGCAGUUUUCUAUCAAAGGGCCUGAAGACCAAUCAAUUGGUUGUGAAUACGGAUGAGAAAACCCUGCGACCCGUUGCACGACUGAAGGAACCGCGCGAUCUUUUCGCCCUGCCGAAGGACAAGGACAAUGACUGCUCACAGCAGGCCCCCAGAUGGCCCGUCGAGUGUCAGGUCAUCGAGGAGCGCAUCACACACAUUCCCUAUGUGCCGGCCCAGCCGGAGCCGCUCAAUGCACCGACGGGCAACGAGCUGAAGCCACGGCCCGUGGGCGAGGAGAACGGCAUUGUUGUGUUCAGCUACAGUCCGAUUAGUGCCGUCAAUUAUGCAAAGCCGAGGGCCAAGAAGGAGGAUGAGUCCAGCGAUGAAUCGGACUACUCAUCGGACUCGAGGAACGAUUCAACGCCGCCCAGUCGAACGACGCCCGUGCGCCAGCCGGGGGCUGGCAGUCGCGGCGGCAAGCUGAACAGCGUCUCCAAGAUGAUCAACAGCCUGGACAAUCGCUCGACCAGCGCCUCCCUGGACGAUGACAAUGACAAUGACAAUGAUUUCGAUGACGACCCCUAUGACUAUGACACGAGUGGCGCUGGCGCUGGCGGCGGCGGCGGCAGUGGCGAGGCCCGGGAAAAGGCCAUCAUCAAGGAUCUCAUUGAGGAGAAGAAGCGCCGCUACAUGAGCGCUGCGGCCGGAGCAGAGGAGAAGCAACAGCAGCAGCAGCAGCCCACUGGCCACAACAGCCAGACGGCCAGCAGAUCGGAGAGCAAGCCCAAGAGCAGCAACAGCAACAGCAACAAGCAGGGCAACGCCAUCAGCGAUGGCAUCGAUGACAUCUGGAAGAACAACACCAGCGAGUACAAGCCCGCCUCGCCGCGCUACAUCCUCAGCCAGUUCGGGAAGAAUGUGACCAGGGCCGUGAUCGAUCGUCUGGUGGAUCAUGGCGAUGAGAAGCAGCCGACGGGCGGCACGGGCACGGCCAGCGGCAGUCAAAAGGUAGCGUCGUCGAGCAAGUAUGCCAUAUCCCCGAUCAAGUUGCCCAAAAAGAAUAUCGCUCGGCUGGAGAUCGCCUUUGAGCGCAGUGUUCGUCCCGUUUCACCGGCCUCGGCCAUAGUCACGAAUCCAGAGCUCAUUCAUAGCAAUUUGCUGAGCGAUCUGUUGGUGCCCCUCAGCAGCACCGAUGCCAGCACCAAUUCGAGUCCCGUCAGCUCCGAUUCCGAUACGGAAUCCGACACCACCGAAUCAGCCGAAUCAGCCUCAUUCCAUUCGUGUCGACUGGCCGGCGGUGCAGACAACAUGCCGCUGGCGCUGGCGCUGCCUCCGCCUCCGCCUCUGCCUCAGCCCUGUGCGGGCUCCGGCAAUGUAUCCGAAACGGAAACUUUGGUGGGGGAGGAGAGCAAAAGCCAGAGCAAAAUCAAGCCAGCACCUGGGGGGCAACAGCGCAAGAUAAAGCAGUCCAGAGGGAGGCAUUCCAUGCGAGGCGGCAGCACUGUGCCAUAUACACAUGCGGCAACCCUUGCGGCGGCUGCAGCUGCCAACAGGGCGGCACGCCAUGGCGACACAGAGCCAAACAAUUCCAUGGAUAGCCUCAUGGGUGAAUGUGGGACUGGGACUGGAACUGGAACUGGUAGUGGGACUGGGACUGGGACUGGGCCGGGGCCGGGCACUAGCACUGGCACUGGCACUGGCACAACCACGAGCAGCCUCAAUGCUUAUCCAUCGUACCAGAGUCAAGAAUCAUCGACUAAUCAGGAGACGAACACCUCGUCUCAAUCGCUGUUAUGCUCUUCUAAUCCAUUGCCGCAAGCACAGUUCAGCCGUUCGGCGGUGGGCGGUGCCAAAUUCGUCACAAACUGCCAUCCCAUGAAUGCCGAGGAGUACGACGGGCUGGAGUUUGAGUCGCGCUUCGAGAGCGGCAACCUGGCCAAAGCGGUACAGAUCACGCCCACCUAUUACGAGCUGUAUCUGCGUCCCGAUCUCUACACGAGCCGCUCCAAGCAGUGGUUCUACUUUCGUGUGCGGCGCACACGCCGCAAGAUGCUCUAUCGCUUCUCGAUUGUGAAUCUUGUGAAGUCCGACAGCCUCUACAACGAUGGCAUGCAGCCGGUCAUGUACUCCACGCUGGGGGCCAAGGAGAGGAGCGAGGGCUGGCGGCGUUGCGGCGAUAAUAUCUGUUAUUAUCGCAAUGAUGAUGAAAGAAGUACCAGCAAUAAUGGCAAUGAGGAGGAUGAGGACAACUCCACAUACACGCUCACAUUCACCAUUGAGUUUGAGCACGAUGAGGAUACGGUUUACUUUGCCCACAGCUAUCCGUACACAUACAGCGAUCUGCAGGACUAUCUCAUGGAGAUCCAGCGCCAUCCGGUCAAGUCAAAGUUCUGCAAAUUGCGUCUACUCUGCCGCACGCUGGCCGGCAACAAUGUCUACUAUCUGACGGUGACGGCGCCAUCCAGCAACGAAGAAAAUAUGCGGCGUAAAAAAUCAAUUGUCGUUUCGGCACGCGUCCAUCCAAGUGAAACGCCUGCAUCGUGGAUGAUGAAGGGACUGAUGGACUUCAUCACUGGCGACACAACAGUGGCCAAGCGGCUGCGCCACAAGUUCAUCUUCAAGCUGGUGCCAAUGCUGAAUCCGGACGGUGUGAUUGUGGGCAAUACGCGCAACUCGCUCACCGGCAAGGACUUGAAUCGUCAGUAUCGCACGGUUAUCCGUGAGACAUAUCCAUCCAUUUGGUAUACAAAAGCCAUGAUUAGAAGACUGAUUGAAGAGUGCGGCGUGGCCAUGUACUGUGAUAUGCACGCGCACUCACGCAAACACAACAUAUUUAUUUAUGGCUGUGAGAACAAGCGGAAUCCGGAGAAGAAGCUCACCGAGCAGGUAUUCCCCCUGAUGCUACACAAGAACAGUGCGGAUCGGUUCUCCUUUGAGAGCUGCAAGUUCAAGAUACAACGCAGCAAGGAGGGCACUGGUCGCAUUGUCGUCUGGAUGCUGGGCAUCACCAAUAGCUAUACGAUUGAGGCAUCCUUUGGUGGCUCCUCGCUGGGGUCGCGCAAGGGCACGCACUUCAAUACGCAGGACUAUGAACACAUGGGACGAGCAUUUUGUGAGACACUGUUGGACUAUUGCGAUGAGAAUCCAAACAAAGUAAAGCGCCAUGCAAAGUUAUUUAAGCAAAUCAAAAAGAUAAGAAAACGCGAGAAACGCGAACAGAAAGCAUUGAAAUUACAGAAAAUGGCCGAUCAGAUUUUAAAUUUACUCAAACAACAGGACAGGCUGCGAUCCAAAAUCAUCGAAAGACUGAUGAGAGAAGGCUCCAGUGCCGACGAGCCACUGAAUAUACCAUUAUCGGAUUACUCAAGCGACGAGGGCAACUGCAGCUCCAGCUCGGACAACGAGGGCAAGCACUCGAUCACGGCCUCCGAUCUGGAGGGACCCUGCUGUGCGCCCACACGUGCCCCGCCCAGUUCGCCGGAGGUCAUACACGAGAUACGAAAGUUCCGAGUGCGUCGCAUGCGCAAGGUGAUGCACGAACUGGAUCGCAUUUACUUUACGCCGCUGUUCCAGCGCAAGUUCAAGGCCCUCAACACACUGAAGCGACGGCGCCACAAGCUGGGCGCCACCAAGACACCGUCGCCGGUGGUCAAGCGGCUGAAAAGCGGCGCUGGUGACACCGCCGCAGCCGCCACAUCGCUGGCCGAGCCGUUUAUGCGCCGGCAGGCGAAGAAGCCAGCAGCCAGCAAGCAGGCAAUCGAAAAGGAAAGCUCCGACGACAGCAUUGGCUCGAGCUCCCAAUCGCAGGAGAACGAGCCGGCAGCGGCCACGGAGACGACGACAAGGACAAGGAAAGCGAAGACAGCGGCGCGCAGGACACGCAGCACGGCCGCCGCGAGCGGCCCCCAGGCUGGGGGAUCGGCUGGGGGAUCGGCAGGCAAACAGAAGGCAGGCAAGAAGAAGAAGUAUAUGCAAACGGAGAAGAAGAAGCCGCCGGCGAACCACAAGCUGCAUGUGGAUCGCAAUUUUCGCCUGUGGCUGGCCAAUCGCAAGAUCUUCAUAUGUCGCCGCAAAAAGUCGUUGCAGACGCGUCGCACUCGUGUGCGCAACAAGGCGCCCAAGAAGCGCGGCGAGGUGGUGCGCACCACACUGGAUCUGCCCACCACCGAUCCCGGCUCCGAUCUGCACUUCUCCACCGACGACGAGGAGCACUCGCCGACGACAGGGCCGAGCGGCUACGGUGCCGUGGCCCCGCUGCGGCACACCCUGCUCCAGAGCGAGCUGCAGCGGCGCUACAUUGAGGAAAUCGGCGACACGGUGGUGCAGAAGCCAAAGCCCGCCCAUAUGCCGCCGGAGCUGAUUGUGACAACGCCCUCGAAGAGCAACACACCGGGCGGCGGCAAGAAGCUUGACUUUUACAAGCUGACGCCACGCACAGCGCCCGAACUGGCCAUGGGCAUGGGCAUGGGCAUGGGCAUGUACAAGCAGCAGCAGGUGGUGAGCGUUGGGACAACAUCAACGUCUGCCAGGCGCACCUACUCGUGGCACAAUCUCGACCAGGAGGCGGCCAUCUCCGCCACCAACAGCAGCAUCAGCAAGCAGGCAGCCAAUUUCUAUAUGAACGAGUCCAAGGCAGCGAUGAAGAUCAAGCCACCGCCGCCACGAAGGAACUUUAUACCCCAGCGAAAUGUGACGAGCACCUCCUCGGCGGAUGAUCUGCAGCUGAAGCUGUCGCUCAAGAAGAAGAUCUGGACGGGUGCCCAUGGGGAGCCCGAUGGACGACCGCUGUCCUGGUUUAAGGGUCACAUGAACCAGGCUCAGGCACAGGCACAGGCUCAGGCACAGGCACAGUCCAAUGCCAUGGCCGCUGGAGGGGGAGGAGCAAGCCGCACCGUGUUCACUGCUGCCAGUGGCAGAGAAGCGGGUGGAGCAGCAGCAGCAGCAGCGCCGCCCACCAUAAUGGGAGCGCCGCGCAAGCCCAGGAAACUCGAGCAGGUGGAUCUGUUCAACGCCUGCUCCCAGAAGCUCAUCAUGUGGCAGCAGCAGGAGGAGCACAAGAAAGUGCAGCCGCAGCGUCUCGUGCGCGUCGAGGAUCAACAGCGCGAGAUGAUGCGCUCCUUCAAGCCCAUGCAGCUGGGCAAGAAGCAAUCGUUGGUGGGCAAGACCAUGUCCGGGCUGGGGCCCGAUGCCAGCAGUGCUGGCAUGAAGGUUAAGCGCAAGUCGAGCAGCAUGAUGAAGAUCGCCGAGACCACACAGCUGGUCACACGCUUUGCCCGCACACGCGGCAGUUCAGGCAGCUCCGCACUGCAGCAGCAUCCACACCAGAUGCAGCAGCAGCAGCAGCACCAGCAGCACCAGCAGCAUCCGUCUCAGGGCCAGCGUAUGAUGUACAAGAAUCAAUCGCUGGCCAGUUCGGGCAGCGGACGCCAUUACUCCGCUGGCAUGAUCAAUCCACAGCAUGCACAUGCACAUCGCGGUCCCAGCAAGUUCAAGACGGGCGGACUGGUGGUCACUGCCGUCCAGCAGCCAGGCAUGGCGCCCGGCAGCAGCAGCAGCUCACGCCGGAUGCGCAAUGCAGCCGGACUGCCGCCGAGGGCCAGCCAGGGGGGACACACGGGAUUCGGAGCAGCUGCAACAGGCAGCAGCAGGUAGCGGUGGCGGUGGCGGUGGCAACGGCAACGGUUUGCUGCAGUAUCAGCGGAACACCAACGUACAGAUGAACAAAUCCUCGACGACGGGCAUCAGCCUGGACACGGUCAAUCUGGUGCGCAAGGUGAAGACCAAGCUGAAGAAGCGCAAGUCCCGCGCUCUGUCCAAUGGACCUGCCAAGUAGGAUACACCACACACCACACCCCACCACACCCCAGCCC